AUGACGCUUGACGGCGCCACAGCAGUUACAGCGGCGGCAGGACCGCGAACGGAAGCUCGUUCUCCGUCGCCACGAUUAGACGGGAGCAAGCCGGAUGGGAAGGUGGAAGGGCGGGGCGAGGUGGCUGUGAUAGACGGCAGAGGUGACUCUAUUCGAGGGGGGACGUCUACCCCAGCUGGGAGAGAGGACCCCGUUCCUAAGGUCGACCGGGCCGACGUCCCGCUAGACGCAGCAGCAACAGCGGGGGCGGCGGGAACGAUAGCAGAUAGAACACCGACAACUCCAGCGUCCGUAGAGUUAGAGAGUGGAACACGGUCGGAGCCGGCCGCGAGUGGGCCGCCACAACAGGGCGAAACCCCUACCGCUGCCCAGGACAAGGGGGACGGAUUCGGGGAGCACGGCUGGUACUCGCCGGCGGACGAAGCGGGGUCUGUUUUCGGAUGGCAGGACAACACUACCGUCUCUACGUCAGGCCAUGCUUCUUCUGCUGCUGCACCCUCCAGGACGACGGACGCACCGCCAGAAGAAAGCUCACAGUCGGCGGCGGCUUCUUCUAGCAAGAACGAGGGGGAGGAGCAGGGCGGGACGGACGACAACCACUGGUCGGAGAGGCGGAAGCUGGUCGAGGAUUGGGAAGACUACGACGAGGUGUGGCUUUCGAUGCGGCAGGAGGCCAAGCGGGCCGCCGAGAAGGAGCCCCUGCUGGUGUCCUUCGUGUACAGCACCAUCCUCAACCAGAAGACGCUCGAAGCCGCGGUGGCGUUCCACCUCGCGAACAAGCUUGCCGGGCCGCAUAUGCUUAGCACUCAGGUGCAGGCGCUCGUGAGAGAGUACUUCGCCGACGUGGGGACUCCCUUGCGACGGACUCUCCGACGAGACAUCAUCGCAGUGCGCGAGCGGGAUCCGGCGUGCGACUCGUACCACGACUGCCUCCUGUACUUCAAGGGGUUCCAGGCGCUGCAGACGCACCGCGUGGCGCACUGGCUUUACCAUACCGGCCGGCAUGCGCUCGCCUUCUACCUGCAGAGCCAGGUCGCGCAGGAGUUCCAGAUAGACCUACACCCCGGUGCCAAGUUCGGGGAGGGCGUGUUCAUCGACCACGGCACAGGCAUUGUGGUGGGCGAGACUGCGGUUGUUGGCGAUGACGUGUCCAUGCUUCACCGCGUCACUCUCGGGGGUUCCGGGGUCAAGAGCGCGGAUCGACACCCUAAGAUUGGCAACGGCGUGCUGAUUGGUGCGGGGGCCUGCCUCCUGGGGAACAUCAAGGUCGGGAAAGGAACGCAGAUCGGCGCGGGGUCCUUGGUAGCGACGGAUCUGCCAGAGAGAUGCGUGGCGGUCGGAGUACCUGCCAAGGUUCUCGGGCAAGGAAAGAAACGAAAGCCUGCCCUGGCGAUGGACCAGGACUGCUUCAAAGAAGUUUGGGGGGGGAAAGACAUUUGAGGGCGUUUUGGUGGUGUGGAGGUUGUGUCCAGACGGAGGUCUCCGUUUUUGGCAUCUUGUGGCCAAGGAAUUUGCGGCUUGGUGCUACUUUGGUAGCUGACACAGUUGCGCAAGUGAACGUGGAAAUG